AUGACCGAUGCCUUUGGCUCACUUAUCCUUUCUCUUCUGCACAGGGCGUAUAAAACCAUCGAGGACGAUGACCUCAAGUUUCCCCUGAUAUACGGCGAAGGAAAGAAGGCUCGUGUGCUGGCGACCAUCGGGGUCACGAGAGGUCUCGGGGACCACAACCUCAAAGUGCACGACUCCAACAUCUACAUCAAACCGUUCUUGUCCUGCUGUCCAGAGGUCAAAGUUUACCCUCUCGCGCAGCACGAGCACGGCGCCGACGACGUCCUCGUGCUGGGAACGGACGGUUUGUGGGACGUCCUCGCCAACCAGGAAGUAGCCGAAGCGGUCACGUCUUUCCUGUCAAACUGUGACCCCGACGACCAGCACAGGUACACGAUGGCGGCGCAAGACCUCAUAAUGAGAGCACGAGGAGUGCUGAAGGAUCGCGGCUGGAGAAUAUCCAACGACCGACUGGGCUCCGGAGACGACAUCUCUGUCUACAUCAUCCCUCUCAUGUAUGGCAACAAGCAGAAUUAACCCGAUGACAUAAGUGCGUCCAAAACAAAAACGUGACCCUGCCUUUACCCCAGCCCCA